AUGGACGAACGCGUAGACUCACGGGCGGCCUCAGUUGAAGGCAACGACAACGCCGACAUCAACGCACCCCUCAAAGCCGCUCCCAAACUCGUCGCACCCGAGCCCGAACACUGUCCCGGCCCCGAAUCGCAAAGCGCCGGCAAAGGCGAUGCCUGCGCGGGAUGCCCGAACCAGCAAAUCUGUGCCACCGCUCCCAAAGGCCCUGACCCCGAUAUCCCUCUCAUCACCGCCCGCUUGGCUAGCGUCAAGCACAAGAUUCUAGUCCUCAGUGGCAAGGGAGGUGUGGGCAAAUCGACAUUUACCACUAUGCUAGGCCAUGCCUUUGCUGCGAACCCGGAUGCUCAGGUUGGAAUCAUGGAUACCGAUAUCUGUGGCCCCAGUAUCCCCAAGAUGAUGGGUGUAGAACAAGAGACCAUCCACGUGAGCAAUGCUGGCUGGAGUCCUGUCUGGGUCACCGAGAAUCUGGGCGUCAUGAGCGUUCAGUUCAUGCUGCCCAACCGUGAUGAUGCUGUCAUCUGGCGCGGUCCCAAGAAGAACGGCUUGAUCAAGCAGUUCCUCAAGGAUGUCGAGUGGGGCGAGCUGGACUACCUUGUUGUCGACACACCUCCCGGCACUAGUGAUGAACAUCUCAGUGUCAAUAGUUUCCUCAAGGAGUCUGGUGUUGAUGGUGCUGUCGUCGUCACCACACCACAAGAAGUCAGUCUGCUGGACGUGCGAAAGGAGAUUGACUUCUGUCGCAAGGCUGGCAUCAAAGUCCUCGGUAUUGUCGAGAACAUGUCUGGCUUUGUCUGCCCCAAAUGCACCCAUGAGAGCCAAAUCUUCAAGGCCACCACUGGCGGUGCCAGGCAACUUGCUCAGGACAUGUCCAUCCCUUUCCUUGGAGCAGUUCCUCUGGAUCCUCGCAUUGGCAUGGCUUGCGACUUUGGCGAGAGCUUCUUUGACAACUUCCCCGACAGCCCUGCAUGCGACGCUCUUCGUCAUGUUGUUCGCAGAGUCGGCGAAGAAAUGGGUGUCGACACUUCUUACCAAGAGGACUGA